UCGUCGACCUUGUGUGCAUCUUGUACUGGAUGUUGGGAGCCAAUAAGCAUUCAACCAUUAAAAAAAAAAAAAAAAAAAAAAAAAAAAAAAAAAAAAAAAAAAAAAAAAAAAAAAAAAAAAAAAGUACGGUGGUUGGGUUGCGUGUGCCGUGUAGCGACUGACUUCAAGCAGCGAGCGACCCAUAGUAUAGCCAAGAAUGGGGGUAUAUUUGGAUGUAAACGCCACAACACCGUGUGAAAAAUCUGUUAUAGAUGCAAUAACAAUUACUGCAGCAGAGAACUGGGCAAAUCCUAGUUCCAGUAAUGCGUUUGGCAAACUUGCACAAGAUGUUAUCAACAACUCGAGAAAUUAUAUUGCAGAAAUGAUCCAUGGAAAUCCUGAGGAUAUAAUUUUUACUUCUGGUGGAACAGAGGCGAACAACACGGUGGUGAAGGGCGUGGUGGAGUACCACAGGGACUGGCGCGCGCGCUCGGGAACGUCGAGCGGCCGGCCGCACGUCAUCACCACGAACGUGGAGCACGACUCUGUCGCUCUGCCCAUCAGGAACCUCGAGAAGAACGAGCUCAUUGAUGCGACCUUUGUUCCUGUUGGUAGGGACGGAUGUCUGAAGGUGGAGGAUCUCGUUGAGCAGAUAAGACCCACAACCUGUCUUGUGUCUGUGAUGAUGGCCAACAAUGAGACUGGUGUCAUCAUGCCCGUAGAAACUAUAGGCAGACGGAUAUUCGAGGUGAACAACGAAAGGAAGUCGAAAGACCUCAUUCCUAUACUUUUCCACUCGGAUGCGGCUCAGGCAGUCGGCAAGAUUCCCGUUGAUGUCCAAGUUUUGAAUGUGGAUUACUUGACAAUUGUUGGUCACAAGUUCUACGGGCCUCGCAUCGGGUGCCUGUAUGCGCGCGGGCUGGGCGCGCGCACGCCCGUCUACCCCCUGAUGCAUGGCGGAGGCCAGGAGGGCGGCUACCGGCCGGGCACGGAGAACACCCCCAUGGUCGCCGGGCUCGGCGAGGCGGCGAGGCUGGUCCGGCUGCGUCUCGGGGACCACUCCCGGGCCAUGGCGAGCGCCAGGGACUACCUGGAGGGGAGACUGACCGCAAGAGGUGUUCGGGGCGGGGCAGGUGCGGUUCAACUGUUCGUCGGCCGGCAGGCUGCCCAACACCUGCAGCGUGUCGUUUGUCAGCAGCGCCCUGCCCGGCCACCAGAUCCUCGCCGGCUGCCCGGAGGUGACGGCCAGCGUGGGGGCGGCCUGCCACACCCAGGACAAGCCCUCGGACAUAUUGAUUGCUUCUGGAGUGUCACCCAGUGUGGCUAGAAGCACAAUUCGUCUAAGCGUGGGAAGAACUACCUCCAAAGGAGACGUAGAUACUGCUGUUUCUGCCUUGAAGAGAGCCAUGGAUCAGUUGGUCACAAGGCCGCUAGGAGCAUAGCAUAAAAUGGCCGAAUCCUAAUCUCUUGUUCCUAUGCAUUAACAAACUAUCCUUUUUUUCCAUCCUGCCUGGAGACUCUGCCAUUUCCCACAAGAUCACUUCCAAACAAAAACCACGCUGUACUUUGCAAAUAGAAGAACAUGGCUUUGAAAUAAAGUACGUGUUUCUAAGUUGGUAACAUAUCUACACUUUUAAAAAACUCAGAAACACAUACAUACAGAACAACUUUCCCAUGAUUCUUUUAUAGUCAUGUUCUUUUCCUUGCAGUGCAUAGUGCUGUUUUUUAAAGAAAUAUUGUGAGAAAUCACUGAAUCGUGUCAAAUGGUUGAUCUUCAUGUAAGAGUGACUUUUAGCAAUUUAUUAAGUUAAAUACUCAAUGAAAGAUAACGCUUACAAUGAGCGGAGGAUUUUAAGUCUGGCCUUAGUAAUUUCAGUAUUUCAAGGUUUCUUAAAAUCACUCCAUGCAAAUGCUUAUUGACUUCUAUGUUUGUGUUUUUUACAUCUCUUUCGUGGAACUGAAAAGUUUUGUUUCAAAAAAAUGUUUACCCAGUAAAAAAUAAUUUUAAAAAAACAGCAGUAAAGUUUUUUUUAUAUUUCAUAUCAAAGACAUUAUUAUGUUACCUUAUUUGCUACUGUGAUUAUUUAUGUUGGAAUUUUUUUUUUACGUUAUACUUUGGAAUUAUAUUAAUGAUUUGAAAGAUCUUUUGUUUUACAUGUUCUAGACUACAGCCAUGUUGAAUUAGCAAUUUUAUAACUUUAUUGAACAUCAAUUUAGUUUUAACUCAAUACCUGAGAAAACUUAACAUUUUAUGCAAUGGUUUUAAAACAAGAUUUAAUAAGCUGCUCUACACCUACUUAAAAUAAAUGUGUGCGCAGAGUCCACAUAAUAACAUAAGAAUGCAGGUAUGAUCGUAAAUUGAAAGAAAAAGAUUCAAAGUUAAUGUUUUCAAAUAUAUUUUACAAGAAAUUUGUUACUUAAUUGGACAAAAACAUGAUUCAAUUAUGGUAACUAAUUUCUCAGAACUGUCGGUGUCUAUCAUAAUGACAAUUGGCUUAUGCUAGCUAAAAUAUGACACAAACAUUUAGGAUGUUUUACGUUAUAAAUUCCUAUAAAAUGCAGCAUCAAUUGUUGUACCCAACCUUGUGGCUGGGGUAUUAAGUUAAUUGCACAAAUAAAUAAAUUCUAGAUACUUUAAAUAAAAUGACAGAUAUAUGGUAGUGUCAAUCGUUAGCCGUUACGGAAACUUAGGAGUAGACAAACACAAGCAGCAUUACGAGAUUUCCAUAGUUUAUCACCGCUGCCGUCUCCCCUUCCUGCCGUUACAACUAGCAUAAUCCUUAAAAAAAAAUGUUUGUAAUAUUUGAUGUUUCAUGGCAUUCUAGUUCUUGAUAUAUUCUAGAAUCCAGAACAGUAUUUUUUAUGGCAUUUAUGUUAAAAAAUUUUUGUCAAAAUGUGUAUAUGUAUGCAAUGGAAACAAACUGUUACCUAAUUUUGCUUACUUGAAUGAUGAAUUGGUAUUGCCAGGUUUGUGAUUUUGGUUCCUAGGCUUGUGUGUAGUCCCUAAUUACAUGCAGGCCUUGUAAGUUAACUACUGAUGUACCUACAACUAUGUAGUAGUUACCUAAAUAGGUUUUGCAUUGUUAUUUAUUUUUAUCCUUUUGUACUCCUGCACAAAUUCUUUCUAGUCAGAAGAAAUGCAUUUUCAGUAAGUCACUAUUUACUGUAUAUUUCUAUUUUUUGUUGGUCUUCUUCAGGUUCAAUUAAGCUCUUUCUCUAGGGUUUCUAAAAAUUCUUGUUUUAUGGGACCAGACUUUACUAACUUGUAUAUAGACUGAUUUUCAAUAAAAACAGCUUUGAGUAACAAAUUUUUUAUUGUAAAUUAUUUAAUAACAAUAUUAAAACAUGUUUUGAAAUUGUUUGUGAAAUAAAGUAAAAAAAUAAAAGACAAUUUUUCAAGUU